CGCCCGCCUCAGUCUCUCUCCAUCACUGUGAUCGGGCUGGUCGCUUCCCUCUCGCCUUGCCUGUGUGCAGUCUGCGGACAAACCGGGGAGAGAACCGGCGCUGCAGCUCCUUGGUCCUGGACUCCAAUGUGGAUACGAGGUCCGAUCAAUGGGAAUACUUUAACCGGAGCCUUACGGCCAAUUACGUGAAAAAAAGAGCAACACUGAAGGACCAACCACUGAAGGAGCCCGAGAGCGAGCCCGUGCUGGCCUUGGUUUGAGUGUGUGACCAGCGGAUAAACUUUGUUCAUGCGUCUCCCUGCGUGCCACUCCCACAUCACUAUGAACUGUGAGCAGGACUUUGGAGACGGGGGCUUGGGAGUGACACUCACGUUACGACUGCUCAUGCACGGAAAGGAGGUUGGCAGCAUCAUAGGAAAGAAAGGAGAGACUGUCAAGCGAAUACGGGAGGAGAGCAGUGCCCGGGUCAACAUCUCAGAAGGUUCAUGUCCAGAGAGGAUAAUCACCAUCACAGGAUCCACGGAAAGUGUCUUCAGGGCCUUCACCAUGAUCACAUACAAACUGGAGGAGGACCUGACGACGCUGGUGGCCAACGGCACCAUCAGCUCCAAGCCACCAGUCACCCUGCGGUUGGUCAUUCCUGCCAGCCAGUGUGGCUCUCUGAUCGGGAAAGGAGGGGUGAAGAUAAAGGAGAUUAGAGAGAGCACCGGAGCUCAGAUACAGGUGGCGGGGGAUUUGCUGCCCAACUCCACUGAGCGAGGGGUGACGAUAUCUGGGAAUCAGGACUCUGUAAUCCAGUGCGUCAAACUCAUCUGUGCGGUGAUCCUGGAGUCUCCCCCGAAGGGUGCCACCAUUCCUUAUCGUCCCAGCCCUUCGCCAGCCGCCCUCCUCAUUGCGGGGAACCAGGUGUUUGAAGCAUCCGAUUUUGCACCCCACCCCCUGUACUCUGUCACCCAGGGUGGCCUUGACCUGCAGCAGGCGUACACUCUGCAAAACCAAUACGGCAUUCCACACUCGGAGCUGGCCAAACUCCAUCAACUGUCAAUGCAGCAAGGCCUCAACCCAGUUGCCCAGUCCGCUUCGACUAUCAUCCCUGGGAUGGAUGCAAAUGCCCAGACAUCUCAGGAGCUGCUUAUUCCCAAUGAUCUGAUCGGCUCCAUCAUCGGCCGUCAGGGCACCAAGAUCAACGAGAUCAGGCAGGUGUCGGGAGCCCAGAUCAAAAUCGGCAGCCAACUGGACGGGACAAGCGACCGCCAUGUCACCAUCACAGGAACCCCAGUCAGCAUCAACUUGGCCCAGUACCUCAUUACCUCCUGUUUAGAGACAGCCAAAUCCACAGCCCAGGCCGCCACCAUCGCAGCGCCGGUCGACCUCAACAUGGCCUUCACCCAGCCGGCGUCCCCGGCCGCGUCUCCUGCGCCCACCCUGGCCACCCUGGCCCCGGCUCACGUUCUGGGCGCCCCGUACGGCGCCGUGCCCCUCUCCGGCCUGCUGGGAAUGAAGUCUGUCCCCUUUCUGACUCUAUCCAGCCCGGCCCCCGCCGUGGCGGCGGUCACGGCGGCACCUUCCCACAGCACCCUGGCGGCCUACACGGCCAAAAUCUCCUCAGCCAAUUGCAUCAAAAAGCCAGAGAGACAGAAGUUUGCCCCCUACUGAUGAAGCCCCCGCGGGUCCGCGCCUGGGGAGCCUAAUGAAGGACAGCCGUUCAUGUUCUUCCGCAAACGCCUGAUGUAGCCAUAGCCCUCGGAGGCAGCGACGCCCUUGACUUUGGUUCUAUGAUGCACCAACAGAGAAGAGACCAACGGAGCAAAGCUUUUCCAAUCAUUUACCGUUAUCAACCCAAUGUGAGUUUCACGUCAAACCGGUGGGCUGCCGUCAUCGUCACGUCACUGUUAUUGAUCUAUUACGUCAAAAUAUGGAAAAAGGGCUUGAAGCCCACCUGAGUCACACAUGGUGAAACGUCUUUUCACAUGCGUGUCUCACGUUGGAGGUCAACCAUCAGUAUUUAUCCUAAUAGUUUGUAAAUUAUACUCAGAUGACAAAGUACCCCAACUGUAUGAUGCUUUUAUACGUCUAUGUUUGCCUCUGGAAGUUUUUAAGAAAAUUUGUAAAUGUCUGGGGGGAAUUUGUUUUUAUGGUACUGUACUUGACUGUUCAGUGUUUCCUUUCUUUUGUUGGAUUUUCUUUUGAUUGUGCACUCGUUUCAUCUUUAUUUAUUAGUAUUGUUUCAUGUAUUAAAAGUCUUUGUUUCCUGA